AUGGUUUCCUCAUCCUUCAUUGCGGCUGCUCUGAGCGCCCUUCCAUUGGCAUUCGCGUACUAUCCGGCCGGCAAUGCCACCGCUACUUACGCUUCCGCUCCAAGCGGUACCGGCACAUCCAGCCCUUCACAAUAUACCGUAGCUGUGGGACAGAACGGUCUCACCUUCACCCCCGAUACUGUCCUUGCGCAGGUCGGCUCGAAGAUCACCUUCCAGUUCUUUCCCAAGAAUCACUCCGUCGUCCAGUCCGACUUCAAGAACCCCUGCAACCCCUCUGACGAUGCUAUCUUCUCCGGCUUUGUUCCCACCCCGUCUGGGCUUGCCAACCAAACCUUCACGGUCACAGUUGCGGACGAGAAGCCCAUCUGGCUAUACUGCGCUCAGAACAACCCGAAGCCUCACUGCGCCGCUGGCAUGGUCGCAGUCAUCAAUCCUCCCGCAUACGGACCGAACACUCUGGACGCCUUCAAAGAGCUAGCUGCCAAGACCAACGGCUCGACUGUGCCAGCCGGCGGUCCUAGUGGCGGAGAGCUCUCAUCUCCCUCUCCGAGUUCCCCCUCAAGCGCUCCCUCAAGUGCUCCCCUAAGCACACUCUCAAGUGUACCAAGUGGAUCCAGCGUACCCUCCUCGAGCGGCACUUCGACCUCUGUGCCUCCUGAGUCCACUGGUGCUGCUUCCUCGCUAGCUGUUAGUGGUAUGGUUGGAAUGGUGGCGAUGUUUGCUGGUUUGAUGUUGUAG